AAAUUUAUCAUUUGAUGUUCAUUUUAGCAAACAAUUAAGCAUUUAUUCUGCAGUCACCUAUAUAAUUUUCUUUGUACUUUCUUUUUCAUUUGGAAAUGUAUAUAGUGCGUUCAAUAUAUCCGGUGGCUAUAGUAGCCAUUUAUUUUAUGACAUUAUUCAGUUCAGCUAUAGGUUCCAUAAACCCGGAUGACGAAGAGAGCACAUAUCUAGACUCAUUCUUAGAAUCGCUUGAAAAGCAUAGUGGUUUGAGUGCUCUGGAGUUGAAAGACAGGCAUCAAAUUAACACCGAUUGCACAGAUUAUGCUGUUUGUAUCGUAAACGCCAACGGAACUAUUUUAUGGGAUAUCAGGCUCGACUUGUAUGAUUCACAUAUGAGUGAAAUGAUUGAUGGCCAAAUUGCAAAUGAAACGACUUUAAAUGGGUGUCUAACUUUGGAUACGCCUGAAACAUACAAUUCGUGUAUGGAAGAAGUACGACAAAACAUGAUCGUUUAUUUGACGAAUGAAUUUGACGAUAAAUUUAGGUCGACACUUCAAAGCGACUGUGAGUUCUUUGGUCCCACAAAUUGUAUUAUUUUAGAAAAUACUUCAUCGAAGUGAAUGUUAUGAAAAUAAUAUGUUAUCAAUUUUACAGCUAAUGUAUCCUAUGCAAUAUCAUAUACAUAGUGUGUAAGCGAAUUGAAAAACAAUCUAAAUAAAUAAAAAGCAUUCAAACCCGACAAUUCUCAUUUUUAGGUGGAAAUGUUUUCAGAAUUAAUCUCCUGUCAGCCCUUGUGCAUGGUCGACUUACAACUUGUUUGAAGGCCUGGUUUUAAUUCUUUUUGCGGUCAAAUCUAGAUUGAAUUAUUUCACUUUUACUAUGAAAAUGAAAAUUGAGGAGUUUAAUGUUUUUUUUCUUAAUUUAAUAUGCAUAGUAAUGUGUGUAUAUAUGUGAACUUGUUUAAUUACAUACGUGUACCUACGUACGAAAACUUACGUACUUAAUAUAUUUAGCAGCAGCUUUAUAUUACGAAAUAAAUACAUUAUCAACUUAAAA